AUGUCGGCGGAUAUCGCAACCAAAGCGGCUCAAUGCCCGGACUUUCUAAAUUUCAUUGAAGCCAAUCCUAAUCUCCUUGCACAACUUGAUAAUCUUAGUGCCGAUCCUCGAAAAUGGCGCCAGGAGGAUCUGGGCAAUAUUACUGAGUUGUUUACCGAUCCUCGACGGAUGGUCCGGCAAGCGGGCGAAGCAAAAAUAAACAUUACUCCAAUGACUGCUGAAGACGUUGAGAAAGCUGCGACUGGGAUGGCACAGAGUGUGUUGGAGCACUGGAAGAAGCUUGGAAACAUUCUCGAUCGGCACGAGCAAGUCAUCCGGAAGAGAUGGGCAAAGAAAAAAAUGCCUGACCGAAAGAAAAUACUGCUGGGUGCAUGGCCCAACAUGCAGCCUGAGCGUCGUCCCGACUACGCCAGACUUAGAAAUGCGAACUUUGGAUUCCAAGACAAGACAAAGUCAACCUCUGACCCCCAGGAGGCGUGGCUCUUUCCUUACAUCAAUCAGGAAAACUUGCUUGGAGACAAACUGUUUCCUUUACUUCUCAAUUCACGGGGGCGCAAUGAACCAGGGAAAUUUGCGUUUCUGGAUAUCUGCUCCUUUCAUGUGGCACGGAUGACGGGCCAGCUGGAGGAGAUCUGGAAUCACGACACUCAGAUCAGUUUGCAUGGCACAACCCUCGACACCUUUGGCAAGGUCUGCCCCAGGCCCCCCAAUCUCCACAGAUACGCCAUCAUGAUCUCCUCGGAUUGCUUCAAUCCCACGGAGGGCUUGUACGUUCUCAACAUCCAGGACCGGAUCUUGCGAUUCUUAUUUGACUGCUGUUGCAUCAUGCUCAAGGAUAAGGGAACCUCCUACGAUAGCCUGGUGGAUGCCAAUUUGAAUCCGGUGCAACCGCCGCCACCUGCCUUGGAGUUGGGAGUGGACUCCGACGGAUAUCGCUCCAUUACCGUGAUGGCAGAAGAAGCCCCAUAUUCGGUUCCUAGAACGAUCGACUGGGACUUCGUCCAAGGACUCGUGCACGCCAAGGUCCAAGAUAGUAUCGAGCAUUACUUAUCCAUGAACGAAGACCCUCAAUACUAUAUCGAGAGCGUGAUGGCCAUUCAUGAUCACAAACCCGUCACUGCCUAUCAUUUCGGUAUCAGCCACGGAAAGCAGCAGCCAGUUACCGAGCGAACUGUUUCCCGUACCGUCUUCGAGGCGCUUAAGACUAUUUGUAUCUGGACUCAGUUUCAUAGACUACUGUGCGACUUUAUCAAGCUGGAUCGACAAUUCACCAAGAGUGGCUUCAAGUAUGAGGUUGAAUCGGAAACAUACUUGGUUAGUUUGCUACGGAUCGUCUAUUUCCUCGACAGCUGGCUCAUUGUUGCCGCGGCCAGAAGGUUUCACGAGGCCUUUGCGGCGGCACCAGAGGUUCGAGACUACUUUGGCUACCAUGUGAAACAGGAGUUUCGGUCGUCGGUACACGGCCCUGACGAGUCCCAUAUAGAAACCUCGAACCAGUUGCAAUUGAUCAUUGCGCGUGAAAACCCGAACAGACCCAGACCCCGCAAUCCGUUCGUCUGGUUACACAGUAUGCAUGCUAAGGGCGGGUCGAAGUUGGAUGAUCUCGGUAUAGAAAACAUGACGGGUGAGUUGGAGAGGUGUAUGCAUGAACAACCUCAAUUCAUCAACCCGUAUACGGCUAGGUUAAUAUCUAGUCUGGGUCUUGUGGGUGAGAUCCGCCGUCAGCUGAAGUUUCAUCGACCUCGAGUUCUUCUUCCCCAUCAAGGCAGCUUUCUUUAUAACUGCAGAGAGGAAAAGGACCGCCUAUAUUCCUGGAUCAAUAACUUGAUGCAUCCGCUAAACGAUCUCGCGAAAGCUAUCGAUUACGAUUUUUUGAACCCUUUUUCUGGCCAUAUAUGGAGACGGGGCAUCCCGGCGGGUUGGAAGUAUCCUUGCGACAAGCCUAGGUCCGAGAAAACAGCCGCCCAGAUGAUUGAGACGGAAGCAAAACACUUACAGUUUUGGAAGCUGGUCCAUGAUUAUAUUGGGGCAAACGUCAGUCCCUCAAGCUUGAAUUUCGUGCUAGCCGGUAUUCCCACCGACCGCCAGUAUCGACACACCACGCCUUGGUCCGCGGCGGAGGAAGCUGCUGCGAGCCAGUCCUCGCGUUCGCGGGGUACCAAACGUGCCGCUCCCGGGGAAUUUCAAGAAAGACACAAUGAUCUGAAGCGGAAAACAGAGGCAACACUGGAAGAAGAGACGUCGUUCAACCCCCGGCCCAGGAAGAAGGCAAAGACCCGUGGCCUUCCCCAUCCGCUGCCGGAGCAAGCGCAACCGGGGGACGACAAUGCUGGCCUUCUUGCUGCCGCCCCUACCCUGCCCAAGAUCAUGAUCAACAGUGUCCGGAAGUACAAUGUCAUCAAGGCCCUCUUUCACACCCCGGGAGACAGGUCCAGCAGAGGCACAAUGCUCUGGGUCGAUUUCAUCCACACCAUGGCCAGUCUCGGGUUCACGGUCACCAACUUCCACGGCUCAGUCUGGACGUUUGAACCGUCGGAGAGACUGCACGCCCUGGGCGCGGUUAACAGCAUCUCCUUCCACCAGCCACACCCGAUGAACUUCUUCCCCUUGUACACCGCGCGAACCAUGGGCUCCCGGUUGAGACGUAACUAUGGAUGGGAUGGCAGUAUGUUCGAGUUCGGAGAAGGGUAA